AGUAACCCCUUAAUAUGUUCGCUUCUGUAUGUCGUCAUCUUCUAUGAAUGAAGGUGUAAUAUUAUUAUUCUCCAAAAAAGAAGGUGUAAUACUAUUUGGGGAUCUGGGAAAAUAAUAAAUAGGUUAACAGCUAAUUAAUCUCAAAACCACAUAAAAAUAGCUUACUUCUCAAUAGAAACCUCUCUUCACCCUUCAGUUCACUUUGUAUCCACAGCCACCAUGGCUGGGCUCUACCAAGAUGAACAUUGCCAUUGUCAUCAUCGUCAUCAAAGUCACCACAAAGAUUGCUCUGAGACCAUAUUUAAUGCUACUGAAAUCAAGGUUUACUCCAAACCGGAAGAGAAGUACCACAACUCUCUGGACCAGCUUGGUCAACUCCGAUCUCUUGCUGCUGAUACUUAUGCUUUGUGUGAGAAGAACAAGGUAGGUAAAGUUCCAAGGCAUGCCAACGGGUACGAGAUAGAGGAGGAGAAGAUUGUAGUCGCGGCUGGAGCUGAUGUAUUUUCCUUCAAAUAUGAGAUGAAAGCGGGGAAGAAAGCUGAUGGACAUGAGAAAAAAGUGGAGAAUAAAACUGAUGGAUAUGAGACGAAAGUGGAGAAUAAAGCUUAUGGUUAUGAGAAGAAAGCUGAUGGAUAUGAGAGGAAAGUAGAGAAAAAAGCUGAUGGAUAUGAGAAGAAAGUAGAGAAGAAAGCUGAUGGAUAUGAGAAGAAAGUGGAGAAGAAAGCUGAUGGAUGUGAGAAGAAAGCUGAUGGAUAUGAGAAGAAAGUGGAGAAAAAAGCUAAUGGAUGUGAGAAGAAAAUGGAGAAGAAAGUGAAAGCUAACGAAUAUGAGAAGAAAGUGGAGAUGUGCUGAUGGUGAGAGAAGUGGAGAAGAAAAAAACAUCAGGAUAAUCAUGGAAAGAAGAAGCGUUGUGGAAAGAAGAAUUGAAAGAGUGUAUGUUGUUCCCAUUUAGCAUCGAUCUACGCUAAAAUAAACACUUUAGUGGCUGAUUUAUGUAUGUUUUUGGUUGGUGUGUGGGGAUUCCCUCUAUUGAGGUUUCAUGAGUUCAUCAAUAAUAUUUUUCCUUUUUCGUUGAACA